AACCCUAUUUUUGCCAGACCGGCGCAAUAACGAAUGUAAACAAUGUGUUGACGUUUACAUUUUAAGUGACGUUCAUCUUAAGGUGAUUCUUGAAUCUGAUCUGUGAUAUAAAAUCUGCAAGAUAUGUGGUAAUUUUUUGAAGAGGAAUACAUGCACAAUGAGUAACCCCAACGUAAUUCAAAUAAGCGGACAACAUUCCAAUGGCAAUGGAACGCAGCAACGAAAAUCUUCUAUUGACGACCCUCCGGAAAUGAGAAUAUUAUGUUUUGAAUUAACACAUUACAAUAAGACGACUCAGUUUCUCCUAAGCUGUGCAGGAGUUUUUGUUCUUUAUUUAUUAUAUGGCUAUUUGCAAGAAUUAAUAUUCACGGAGGAGGAAUUCAAAUCUUAUGGAUGGUUCCUAACACUAAUUCAAUUUGGCUAUUACAUAUGUUUUGGAGUUGUAGAACGCAACGUAGAAGCAAGACGAAGUGGGAUGCCAGCUAUGCAACGAAAAAUACCAAUGAAAACUUAUGUCAUUCUUGCCACCUUAACUUUGGGUACAAUGGGUCUUUCGAACUCCAGUUUGGGUUAUCUCAAUUAUCCCACCCAGGUUAUAUUCAAGUGCUGUAAAUUGAUACCAGUUAUGAUUGGUAGUAUUCUUAUACAAGGAAAACGCUAUGGUCCCCUGGAUUUCGCAGCAGCUUUAGCAAUGUGUAUUGGUUUGGCAUGGUUUACUUUGGCCGAUUCGCAAGUAUCACCAAAUUUCAAUCUGUUUGGAGUUGCGAUGAUAUCAGGCGCAUUGCUGUGUGAUGCUGCCAUUGGUAAUGUCCAGGAAAAAGCAAUGAGAGAACAUAAAGCAGCCAGCAGUGAAAUUGUAUUGUAUUCAUAUGGCUUGGGGUUUAUUUAUUUGUUUGUUAUCAUGAUGAUUACGGGCAACUUUUUUAGUGACUUCGCCUUCUGUUUACAGCAUUCAAAAGAAGCUUUCUUCUAUGGAUUUUUGUUUAGUCUUUCCGGAUACCUUGGGAUCCACUUUGUACUUGCAUUGGUAAAGAGUAGUGGGGCACCAGUAGCAGCAACAGUUACAACUGCCCGCAAAGCAGUUACGAUUGCCAUUUCUUUUGUUUUCUUUAGCAAGCCAUUUACAAUACAAUAUGUUUGGUCAGGUUUGAUUGUAGUUUUGGGAAUUUACCUAAACGUCUACAGCAAGAAAAAUAAGUUGACUCUUAACGAUAUUAAACAUAAAAUUAAACAUAUUACCUUCAAUGGACGUACGUCAAUAUCACGGAAAUAUUUAGUAGAAGUUUAACUAUGUUAAAUAAACAUUACAACUCAAUAUUAUACCAAAUUAUAUAUUAUAUUUUUAGAAUAGAAAAUUUUAUUUCUAAGUACCUACACAUAUAUUUUAAAUAAAAGGACAUGCUAAGAUAAGAUAUAUCGACACAUAUUAUGCAUACUCAUAA